AUGGCCAUCCUGCCGCAGCGCGCUAUCCCGUACCUUGUGCUAGCUGGCGCCUUUUUGUACAAUCUUAAUAUAGGAAUUAUCAACUCGUAUGGUAACCUCAACAUAUACCUGACCUCCUACCUGCGACACAAAGGACAAAAUGUAACCUACAGGGAUGUGUCUUUUAUAUACGAAUUGACUGUUAUCAUGUUGGGGUUAUCCAUGCUGAUUGGAAAUGCGGUGCAGAAGAAAUUAGGAGAGAGAGUAACCAUAAUGACAUGCUGCUUCAUAACUUUUCUUUCCUUUUAUUUGUCCUCCUUGUAUGCGCACUCGUACUUUAUGCUGUGUGUGUUGAUGGGGGGGUUGUACGGACUGGGCUAUGGAAUCAGUUUCACCAUCCCACUGUCUUGUACAUAUAAACAUUUUAAAAAGAACCGAGGGUUGGUUAGUGGCAUUGUCAUCUCUGCAAUAUCGUUGAGUCCAUUUUUGUAUUGCCCACUACAGACUCUCCUUAUAAAUAAGAACAAUGUAUUGCCCGUGGAGAGCAGUGUAGGUAGCAGUGGUGGACCUAGGGAACGUUACUUCCAAGACCCUUAUGUGCUUAGCAGAAUCCCUCAUGUACUUUUCAUUCAAUCGAUAAUCUUUUUAAUUUUCGGUACCUGUGGUGGUUUCUUCGCGACCAUGGAAGUGACGGGGGGAGAUGGUGAAAAGAUGCUAAGCAUUGGUAAUUUUGAUAUAGGGAAUAAGAACAACAAACACGUGGAUACACAGGACAAGGGGUUUGUAGAUGUGGAGAGGAAUGAUGAACAGGUGGGUAUCACCACAGAUAAGAACAAGGGAAACCCAAAUGAGGUAGCAAAUGAGACAGAUAAUUUGGGGUCCCGACUAGCCAAAUCUUUCAAAAAAAAAAAAAAAAAAAAAAAUGGGGGCAGGGAUAAAUGA